AAAAAUAAAAAAAAGUAUUCAACUUUUUAUUUGACCCUCUCUCUCCUCUUCCCUCUUUUCAUGGUAGACCCAAUUCUCUCUCUCUCUUAACAACACUCUCUCCUCUCUCUCCCUCUCUCUAUCUAUCCCCAUUUCCAUGGAAGCAAGCAGAUGUGUUCUUACAUCUCUUUCUCUCUCUACAGCCUUACAUGAACAGUGACUGUUCUCUCUCUUUCCCUCUCCUUCCUUUUUUCUUCUACUUCUCCUUCCCUUUGCUUCGAAAAGGGUAUCUCGUGAUCUUUAUCGCUCAAAAAUCUUCACUUUCAGGUAACGAUUUAUUGGGUCUCUCUCUCUCUCUCUCUCUCUCUCUAAAGCUCUGUUCUUUUUAUUUCUUCUUUUUCUGGGUUUUAUUCUCUGAUUCUUGCUAGAUCCAAAAGUUCUUUAUUUUGCCUCUUCUUCUUCUUUACUUUAACGAGAUCUGUUUUUACCCUUAAAGACUCAAAAUAAAAAUCCAAACUUUUUGCAUGAAGAGCUUUAAUUGAUUUGUCACUUAGAUUUGAUAUUUCAAUUUGGAUCAGGCCACUCGUUGAUGGAAUCUGUGACAGUAUUGAUUACUAGAGAGUAAAGACAAGUUCUUUAAAUCUCAGGGAAGAAGGAAUUGGUGUUUAAGAUUGCUCUGUGUUAAUGAUGGCUUCAAAAACUCCAGAAGGAUCACUUACCAAUUCCAGUCAAAGUAUGUCAAUCAACACUUUAGCAGAUCAAGUAUCUUCGAGUUUGUCUUUCGCUGAUCCAAGUAGUGAUGGCAAAACCGGUAAUAGUAAGAUCAACGAGCAAGGUGAGAGUGGAAAGAGUAGCACUUGUAGACCAAGUACAAGCAGUGAUAUAAGCGAUGAGAGCACUUGUAGCAGCUUUAGUAGCAGUAUCAACAAACCUCACAAGGCUAAUGAUGUGAGAUGGGAAGCUAUUCAAGCUGUUAGAACUAAACAUGGUGGUUUGGGUUUGAAUCAUUUUAGGCUCUUGAAGAGGUUAGGAUGUGGAGAUAUUGGAACUGUUCAUCUUGCUGAGUUGAAUGGAACUAGGUGUUAUUUUGCGAUGAAGGUUAUGGAUAAAACUGCUUUGGCUAGCCGGAAAAAGCUUCUUAGGGCUCAAACUGAAAGAGAGAUAUUGCAGUGUCUUGAUCACCCGUUUCUUCCGACUUUGUAUAGUCAUUUUGAGACAGAGAAGUUCUCUUGUUUGGUGAUGGAGUUUUGUCCUGGUGGUGAUUUGCAUACACUAAGGCAGAGACAACCCGGGAAACGCUUCACCGAGCAAGCAGCUAAGUUUUAUGUCGCGGAAGUGCUUCUUGCAAUGGAAUAUUUACACAUGCUUGGGAUCAUUUACCGUGAUCUGAAACCCGAGAACGUUCUUGUGAGAGAUGAUGGGCACGUGAUGCUUUCGGAUUUUGAUCUCUCCCUGAGAUGUACUGUGAGCCUCUCUAUAGUCAGAUCAGCUAAUGUUGGAUCCGAAGGCUUGUCGAAGAAUUCGGUUUCUUGCUCGCAACAACCUGCAUGCAUCCAGCAACCAUCUUGCAUCUCAAUGGCUCCAACAUCUUGCUUCGGUCCUCGGUUCUUCUCAUCGAAAUCCAAGAAAGACAAGAAACCGAAAACCGAAAACGGGAACCACCAAGUAACUCCGUUACCAGAACUCGUUGCAGAGCCCACAGGCGCCCGUUCUAUGUCUUUUGUUGGCACACACGAGUACUUAGCUCCAGAGAUCAUCAAAGGUGAAGGACAUGGAAGUGCAGUUGAUUGGUGGACCUUUGGGAUCUUUCUUUAUGAACUAUUGUUUGGUAAAACACCGUUUAAAGGGUCAGGAAAUCGAGCAACGCUCUUCAACGUGGUUGGUCAGCCUCUUAGAUUCCCUGAAUCUCCGGUUGUUAGCUUCGCAGCUAGGGAUUUGAUAAGGAGUUUGCUUGUGAAGGAGCCACAACAUAGAUUAGCUUAUAAGCGUGGAGCAACAGAGAUAAAGCAACAUCCUUUCUUUGAAGGAGUGAAUUGGGCUCUGGUUCGAUGUGCCAGUCCACCGGAGAUUCCUAAACCGGUUGAUCUUGAAGCUUUGAAUCCUACUCCUACUGUGCCAGCAGCCGCAUCUUCGAGUGUAAGAUCUGAUCAGAGUAAUUAUCUUGAGUUUGAUUUCUUCUGAAGAAACUGUUUCCACAGUUGAUGAUUCUCAUUAUUGUUUCUUUGCAAAUUCUGUUUAGUGUUUUCUACAAAUGUGUUUCUUUUUUUUUCUUCUUUUUAAUUUUCACGUCUUGGAAAAAGUUAUGAGAUUUGUAAUCAUUCUUCAAAGUUGUGAGACAGUCUCUGUACCAUCUUCUUGAGUUUAAUGUUAGACACGAACCAUUGAGAAUCCAUUAAUCCACCAUAUCAAAACCUCAAAAGUUC